CAUUAUGUACCGUGAAAAUCCGUAAUGAAAAGUGCGAUUAAGGAUGGAUACUUUGGUUGAAGAGCCCGUCAAUUAAUUGCCGCCCCAAUGAAAACGAUGGACUAAAUCGUUUGGAUGUGAGUUGCAGAACCAGGAGGAACGCCCAAACAUCGCUGCGGAAAUAAAUUACAGGGACUAAAACUAACCAACCGUCGUAAAUAAUUCGUAGCAGAUUUGCUUUCGUACCCAACAUUGUGUACACAUUUUAAAGGCUGUAAUUUCGCCUUUGAGUUAUUAUUGAGGACCACCUUUAAAAUCGAAAAGCACCCUGUGAAUUUGUUCCGCACCCGUCACAUACUAGUCUGUUCAUUUGAAGCGUGAGCUACACGCUCCGCCGACAGUCGUCAGCUGGCAAUAUUCAGCCGCGCAUCAGGCAGUAACAACGUGGCUGGAUAAUGGGAGAAUCAUUUGUAUCAGAAUACUGAUGAAACAAGUCGGUGUAAACGAUUUCAGAUCCAUUUAUUGAGCGAAAAUAAGCUGGCUGGAAAGUGAAGCCGUCGACCUGUUCCGGGUUAAGGAUAUACCCGCAGAAAGCCUAGUGUCGUGAUCACGAACUGAAAGCACCGUUUUGGAAGGGAACGGGAAAGACCUCUGCUAGAUUAGUAAAGUUUGACCUUGGUUGGAACAGCCGCCGCUCUUCGCUCAGUCCAAUGCCAGUAUUGAAUGCUUCAAUAUACACUGUUGAACCGCAAAUAUAAGUUCUGCCUUCAUUUGAUGCAUCGCUUAUACGCAGACCAGCUCAAUAUUAGGGUCAAACUAAAAAAAAGGAUAUUCAAGUUUAAUGUCAUAUGUGCAAGUAAGUACUUCCAAAGAUUGUUAAUAUCCAUUUUUCCCCCCGUGCCGGAACAUUCACGGGAACAGAUGAAAACUGCAAGCCCGUGGAUUCAUCUGUUUAAUUUUGAAGUCUGCAAUCGUAUACGAAAGGGCAUUUCCAAUGUACACAAUUCCGGAUUUAUAAUGUAUUUCAUCUUGUUUUCAUUUUGUGGCCGCGUUCGUGAUAUUUGUGUACUUUUAACAAUAAAUUCAAGGUUUAGCUUUGGUAUCGAUGCUCCCAAAUUACUGCAAUUGUAUAUCAUUUUAACAUUUCCCUAAAGCUGAUGUGCAAAAUGAAUAUAGGUAGGAGAGUGGUCUAGAGGAGUGAGUGAGUGAGUGAGUGAGUGGGGCCCUGCCCGCAUUGCAAGAUGUGGCAGCCGCGGCCACUUGCCUUUCUCUCCCCCGCUGUGUCCAAUCUCCGAGCCCGCACAUACUAUUCGUCCCCGGGUUGACAGCUCGCCGCCGAUUGGGACAAAGUAGCAACACGUGUACGGUGGGUUCAGCCUCCCGGCACCCAGGGCGCAUGCCCAGGCCGGCGGGGACCAUUCAUAAACUAAACUCUUACACACUUCCUGAGCGUGGGGAAAAGUGGCCAUAGGAAUAAAAACAGUCAAACUCGGGUGCUGGGAGAGAGAGAGAGAGAGAGAGAGGGAGAGAGAGAGAGACAGCGAGAGAGAAAGAGAAAUGAAUGUUAACAGACACAUUUCUCCACUUUUAUCGUUUCACAACAACAGCAAUCGCAUCUGAUUUAAACAAGAUAUUCUGAAGAAACCAGUUACUGAUUUCCGAGGACUUGGUUGACAUCUGUAUUUUGAUCUCCCUCACUUUUCUCUCUCCCUCCAACCCAUUACAUUCAAUGCACUUGUUUCAAAUUUGCGCCAGUUAAAAACGGAACACCGGUAAGCAUUGGAUCCAUCAACCUAUUGCGAGACUCCGGUAUAUAGCCCGGACCUGAGUCCCAACAUGAUCGCGGCUCAAGCCAAGCUGGUCUAUCAGCUGAACAAGUACUACAACGAGCGCUGCCAGGCUAGGAAAGCCGCGAUCGCUAAGACCAUUCGAGAGGUGUGCAAAGUGGUCUCCGAUGUCCUUAAGGAAGUGGAAGUCCAAGAGCCCCGCUUCAUCAGCUCACUUAGCGAGAUCGAAACGCGCUUCGAGGGGUUGGAAGUGAUCGCUCCAACAGAAUUUGAGGUAGUCCUUUACCUGAAUCAAAUGGGGGUCUUCAACUUCGUGGACGAUGGUUCUCUGCCUGGCUGCGCUGUGCUAAAACUGAGCGAUGGGCGCAAGAGGAGCAUGUCGCUUUGGGUCGAAUUUAUAACAGCUUCAGGCUAUCUGUCAGCCCGGAAGAUCCGUUCCAGAUUUCAAACCCUGGUCGCACAGGCAGUGGACAAAUGCAGUUAUCGAGAUGUGGUGAAGAUGGUGGCGGAUACGAGCGAGGUAAAACUAAGAAUCAGGGAGCGUUACGUGGUGCAGAUCACGCCAGCUUUCAAAUGCACGGGCAUCUGGCCCAGGAGUGCGGCUCAGUGGCCCAUGCCACACAUCCCCUGGCCCGGCCCGAAUCGGGUGGCCGAAGUUAAGGCUGAAGGCUUCAACCUUCUGUCCAAAGAGUGCUACUCCCUGACGGGAAAGCAGAGCUCAGCCGAGAGCGACGCUUGGGUUUUACAGUUCGGCGAAGCUGAGAACAGGCUACUGAUGGGAGGCUGCAGGAAAAAGUGCUUAUCCGUUUUGAAGACUUUGCGAGAUCGACACCUCGAGUUGCCAGGGCAGCCCCUCAAUAACUACCAUAUGAAGACACUACUGCUCUACGAAUGCGAGAAACACCCCCGAGAAACCGACUGGGACGAGUCAUGCCUCGGUGACCGCCUCAACGGCAUUCUGCUCCAACUCAUCUCCUGUCUUCAGUGCCGGAGAUGUCCUCAUUACUUUCUUCCAAACCUAGAUCUUUUCCAAGGAAAACCUCAUUCCGCUCUGGAAAGCGCGGCUAAACAGACAUGGCGAUUGGCGAGAGAAAUUCUUACCAACGCAAAAAGCCUCGAUAAGCUAUAGUAGAACUUGCAUUCCCAGCAAACCGAUUUUAACAAUUAUUGCAAGGCACAGAAUUGAACUUACUAGAUGAUUAAAACAAAAUACUUUAAAAGAAGCAAAACGGACUUGACGUGAAACAGAUUCAAGGUACAUUUUAAACUAAAUGUGACUGUUUUGUUUAGAUGUUGUCAGCCUGUGAGGAACCUUUAUUUAAGUCUGCACCGUCUUUUAAAGGCCAAGAAAAUUUCAGUUGUGAAAUGUAUUUUGCGUGCCAACCCCGUGCCCCGAAAAGAAACAUGUAAUAAUGGUAAUAAAAGUAUUUACCUUA